GAAGUAAAUAAUUCGCAGUCACAAGAUUUUUCACCUUUCAACAUUGAAUCGCCUAUUGAAAUUGAGAAGAAAGAUAUUCAACUCGCUCUGGGAACCGGAUACAUGACGAUGGGUUGUUCGUGGAGAAUUCCAUGCCUUGUUCAGGGCGUGCCACCACUUGCUGUUCUCAUAUCUGUGAUUUUUCGAUGGCUUUUUGCCAAAGGCCGAUCAGAAGAAGCCUGA